UUGAUCUCCACUAAUACUCCCCGUUGACCACAGAAAAACACUCCGUGUCGAGAAAGGGGAUUUAAAUUACAGUAUUUUUGCUCGCAUUUUGCAGAGAGCGUGAAUGUCUGCGUGCGUAGGUGUGGGCCGUACGCCUCAAGCGUCGUUUUCCUGGUCCAGCCUUGCUCCUGCGCGACGUUUGCUGCUUGGUAACGUCGGCAUCGGUGGACUUGUUUCGCCUGCUUCCUGUUAGCCUCGGGCUCGCUGGAAAAGCCAACAUAUGCAAAUGAAGGACCGAGUAUAACUAAUGAACAGCGGUGGGUGUAGCUGAAAUACUCCGCACUCUCUCUAACUCGUAGUUUAAACGGUGCUGCUGGCCCGCUUGCCAAACAUGAACAGUUGGUUUGCUUCGGUGUGCUAACACUUAGUGAGUAGCUAGCCAUCUUGUUUGUGUUGUGGGUUUUAACUUUGGCAUCGUGACGUUCUCUUGAUGUGUUAUUCUUUUCACCUCCUCGAUAAGUACAAGAGAAGAAAAGUUCGUUAUUAGUACGUGUUAGUGUUGGAUCAGACGGGAAACCGUUACACUUGAAAAGGUAAUGAGGAACUAGUUGACCGUAGGGAGCGCGUUUAUUGACAAUAUUCUCGAUAAAAUGUGGGAUUAAAUCGAUGGGAUCACAGUGAGCCGGUGCAGGUGGUGCUUCGUCGGCGUCGUCAUCGUAAUUAAAGCAGGUUUAGAUGCAGUAGGUCAAUACUUGGCAAGGCAGAAUUCGAGUGUAGAGGGAGGAUCCUGGUCGUUUCUCAACCUCCUGCACGUCCGUCAACCGCCAUGGACCCCCCGAGGACGCGAUCCCGCUCGCGCUCUGGCUUCUAUCAUUUCGGCGUUAAUAACAGUAACAGCAAUGUCGGAGCCAACGGCGGCGGUAGUGCGGUCGGCAACGGGAGUUUGGUGAACGCCGCUGGGGGAGGCGGGAUGAGCUACCCGCAGCAAGGCAGCGCUGGCUGGACGCCGCAUCACGGUGGUCGCAGCUACCCGGACAACCAGCAGCAGCAGCAGUCCGCCAGCUACCUGCCCGCAGGAGCGCAGCGACACCCUUCCCACGGAGCUCACAGACACCCGGGAGCCGGAGUGCUUCAUUUUCAUCCGGAUAAUGUGUGCAGCGAGGAUCGAGACAAAAUGGAAGACAGCCCGAGCCCGAAAAGGCAGCGUCUUUCCCAGCAGUCACUGUUGGAUCUGGGCUCCACCCCUGCACCUCCUCCAACCCCUUCUUCCCCCAUCCGGCCCUGGGAGCUCGCUUCCAGUCGCAGACCACACCCACAUUAUAUACCGGAGCGAUGCCACACCCCUGUUCGCAACCGACGCAGCCCUCCAAUGAGGCGCCAGCGAGGUUGGAGGGAUCGCAUGACCCGCCAUAACCACCAUCACCACCAUCCCCACAAUAACCAUCACCAUUACAACAACCACCAUCAUCACCACCAUCAUCAUCACCAACAACAACAGCAGCAGCAGCAGCAUCAUCACCACCACCACCCAAACCCUCAUCAUCAUCAUCAUAACAACCACCACCCUCCGCCCCUCCCACACCACCCCCUGCACUCCCAUCAUGGUCCCUCGUCGGUCCACCAGGAUGAGAACUACCGUCACCCGACUCCAACUCAGGGCUUCCCAGUCUACAGCCAGCAGCCUCUUCGAGGUCCCGGACCCGAUGAGCGCCCGGGUUACUUUGCGCCUAACAACUCUCCCAGACCGCCACAUCAGUCGCCGCCAAACCUGUCUCCCAGGAUGCUGCACCCUGCUGCACAUGCUCAGCACCCACACCUACCGCAACAACAAGGUGGAGUGAUGCUAGACCUCCAUGAGCAGGGUUCGGUUCCAGUGUCAUAUACAGUGUCUCCUCCCGGUGCUCCCCCUGGACUCCCCCCUCGCUCUGCCCCACAGCAGAUACCAGCAUGUUCUGUGGUCUUCAGCGGGCAGCACUAUCCCGUCUGCAGCGUCCCACCUGUCCUUCAGACUUGUUCGGUCCAGCAUUUGCCAAUGCCCUACCCCUUCCCUUCUCUGCUGUCCAGCGACCCGACCUUCCUGCUCCCCCCACCUCACCUGCCUCACCCACCGACUCAUCUUCCUCAUCAUCCGCCCCACCUGCCCCAGCCGGGGCAGUUUGGACCCUACCCUGCGCAGCCAGCUCGAUCUCCGUUGCAGAGGAUUGAGAACGACGUGGAGCUUCUCGGAGAGCAUCUGUCUUUAGGUGGCGGGCUUCAUUACCCACCCGCCGCCCACCCUACCCUCACGCCACACUCCACGCCGCUUCACUUCCUCUCCCCCGAUGCUCUGCCUCAGGAGUUCUUUGGAGUGCCGUACACAAACAUCAUCCCACGACGUCUCCCGGGGCGACGGUACCGAUCGCAACAACUGCCGCCUUCGCCUUACCACCCGAGCUUCCUGCCUUACUUUCUGUCAAUGCUGCCAGUCCAGCCCACUGGUCCUGCAAUCAGUCUGGAGCUGGACGUCGAUGACGGAGAAGUGGAAAACUAUGAGGCUCUUCUGAACCUCGCCGAGCGCCUCGGUGAGGCCAAGCUCAGAGGACUCACCAAAGGAGACAUCGAGCAGCUUCCUUCGUAUCGGUUUAAUCCAAAUAACCACCAAUCUGAUCAGACACUGUGUGUGGUGUGCAUGAGCGAUUUCGAAACGCGCCAACUGCUGCGAGUUCUGCCCUGCAGCCACGAGUUCCAUGGAAAGUGUGUGGACAAGUGGCUCAGAGCCAACAGGACGUGCCCCAUCUGUCGGGCCGACGCCUCAGAGGUCCAGAGAGACUCGGAGUGACGCCCACGAUUGUCUUGGAUAUGUUCUGCACUGCCUGCAACUGAACUGUUGACACAUGUGGUUGUAUGCACACACAUUAACUUGCUCCUCUCCUUGUGGGUGUCCUUUUUGUUACGUCCGACGAUAUCCCCUUUACGUAACCUCUUGAGUUGCACCGGUUAUUUUUGUUGGUUCUCCACAGGUCAUCACUGGCGCUCAGUGAGUGACCUGCCUCACAUUCUGCGUGUGCCUACACGUGCAUGCACCGACACUGUGCAAGCGUCUUUGAUUGGCCUUAUCGUGCAGAGCUGUGGUACAUGAGCGUGUGUCGGUGUGAGAGCUUUUUUUUGUUUGUUUUUUGAAAGAUGUCCUGGAGCAUGCUUGUGUGUCUGUGUAUCAGACAAUGUAGAUAUGAAAGUUUCUGCACUGUGUAUGUAUGCAUUCUGUGUGUGUUGGGAUUGUUGUGAGAUUUCCACACGAAGGGUCCAUGCUGCCACUCCGUUUCUCAGCUCUCAUGCGGACGGCUCACUGGACGAUUCCUCUCAUGAUUCUAAUCAUUCUGAGACUGACUUUGGUGAUUGAUUUCCUGCCUGACAGUUACCUCAUCGCUCCCGUUCCGGUAAUCACUUGUUACGAGCGCUUCACGGCACUGUUCGGAAACUUAAGCACACGAUAUAUUUUUUCUUAGCGAAAAUACGUUUGUCUGUGACUGCAGUGGCACAUGUUAUAUACAUAUAACGAUAUAUUUACUGUAUAAAUUUAUGAAUAUCUGUAUAUGAAAUAAAAGGCUUGAUAUAAUUGUGGUGGCAGU